AGGAUACCUCCGUGCCCGUCAAUAUACACCUCCUGCCUGCCUCAUCUCGGAGGCUUCUCAGGCGGCACAGACAAUACCAGGCAGCGCAGCGGGAGGGCAGAGGUCCCGUUUCAGAGAGUAAGUGGAAAAGAUCAGAGCAAACUGGGAAGAAGCGGUGAAUGCCUGGUGCCCAGCAACGGAUCCCCUUGGUGUUUGGGUCGGUUGAAAGCAGCCAUGUCAAAGGAUGAAGCAGGCUGUAAGCUGGCUCCGGUCUACAAGCACAAGGAGCGCAAACCUAAGAAGCCCCAUUACAUCCCCCGUCCCUGGGGGAAACCGUAUAAUUACAAGUGCUUCCAGUGCCCAUUCACUUGCAUGGAGAAAUCGCAUCUCUACAACCACAUGAAGUACAGCCUCUGUAAGAAUUCCUUGUCUCUGCUAAUCGAAUCGGAUUGGCCUUACAAGAAAGGGGGCCUCCUCCAUCCAGAACUCCGGCUCUUGCAAGCCACAGAGACAUCUCGGAUCCGGGGGAGGCAGGAGGAAUCCGAGACCUACGACACGAUGGGGAUGGAGGCCACUCACUCCAAACAUGAAGCAGACCGAGAUGGUGGAGAAGGCAAGACGACAGAAGACACGGCCGCUUUGGAAAGUAUGAGCGACGAAACCAACCAGUUCCAAGAAGAGGAGGAGGAGGAGGAGGAGGAGGUGGAAGAAGAAGAGUUAUCUAGAUUCUUGCAGGAGGUAGACACAGCUGAGAAGAAGGAGAUGGUCAAGGGGACCCUCUCCGCCGGGGAGACCACCGAACCCAAUGUCAACACCCUUCUUUUUCAGCUGAAAAACAAGCAGGACAAGGCCUCUAAAGACCCCACUCCUGACUUCAUCAUCACGGAUGUUUUCUCCUUGAAGAAACACAUGGCCAAAGGAAAGGAGAUGCCCUCCAUGGAGUUGGACCCCAAACCAAAGCAUUGCAAAAUGCCCUCCAAAUGUUCAGGAAGCGGCGGGGUCUUCAUGGAGCAAUGGAAGCUGGUGGCCAACGGGCAACGGAGAAGCACCACUGGGGUUCUGACUCCAUGCACCGACAGCAACGUCAUCCCUUGUUACCCUCCUCCAGCUUACGGGGACUUCCAUGAAUCACAAGGCCUCAACUUCUCUCUGCUGGGGAUCAACUACCCGCUGGCUCCCAACCUGUUCUCCUAUUUCAGCCCUUCAGUGACCAGUGGGGCCGCUUCCCAUUCCCACUUGGCCCAAUUCCCUUUCCUGGCCUCCACUGCCCAGCUGAUGCAUCCCCAUUCGGCUCAUUUACAACCCUUGCAGAUCCCCGAGAGGUCCACUUUCCUCCCACGCUUCUACUACCCUCUGCUUUUUGAGCAUUCCUUCACUUCAGCAGAAAACAAGAUGGCCACUGCCAAGCCAGAUACUCAACAACUGCCUGCCACGGCCGUACCUGCUCCCCUCCAGCCCCAGACUCCCACGGACCCCUCAAAGGGAGGUGUGUUGAAAGUCCCGGUGCUGAAGACCGGCCUUCCUUGGGCAAAAGGUUUCCGUGAAGAGUCUCUUCCUGAGCAGGGCCACAAAAGAUUGCUACUGCAGGAGGAAGAGAAGAAAUGGCUGAUCCAUGAAAGGGAAAGCUAUUCCUUGCUGGCCGCUGGCCAUCUCUGCAGGAAGUCAUCUCCUGAGGCUUACCAAGAUCUGCUGGGCAUCAAAGAGGGGGCUGCUGUUCUCCCCAACAGCCUCAAAAAAACAGAGAUCCAUGGAGCUGCUGGUUUGGACAAUGGUGGGGUCACCCCAAGUAACCUGAAGAGGAAGUUUGCAAAGAGCGCCCUUGACUUGACAAGCCCCGAUAUGACAAUAUCAGAAAAAGAGACCUAUCCACCCAGCAGUGGUUUGCAAGUUACACCGAUGCGAGCUUCAAAGAUCAUGGACCACUGGCAGGUAGAACUUCAUGACUACCUCUCUGAAGGCCAGGAGAAAACUGGGAGCUCUGAGAUAAUUACAGCUUCAGACCAGCCCUUUUUAAAGCCAAGCAAUGAUCAAGCCAUAACUGUUGGUCGAAGGGACCAAGAGAUGACAACAGUGCUCAUUGAGGAUUUGUCAAAAACCUUAGAAGAGUACCAGGAGGUGGAGAAGAAGCUCUCACAUUUGGCAAAAGAGGAUACUCCCGCCCAGAAGCAACUUAGAGACCAGUUGGUCAAAAUCCGGCAGGAACUUUUCCAUAUCCACCAGGCAUUAGAGAAGGCAAACAAAUUCAGUGAAGGUCCUUUGGAUCUCUCGGUGAAAAGAUCUUCAAAGAAUCCAGAGAAAGGACACCAAGACAAGAAAGAGUCCAAGGUUGGCAUCCAGGGAGAGAAAGUCCAAGGCAAAGACCUGGGUUCCACCAAAAAAUGUUUGGAGGUGAGUGAAGCUGAUCUAGAAAAGGUAUCUGAUUGUUUCCUUGAGACACAAAACAAAACCAUUGACUUGCUGAUCAAGAUGAGCCAUUCCAAGAACAUCCAAAAUUCCUCUUCUGAAACCCACCUGGGAGCUGUAAUCAAAGCUGAAGUGCUUCCCCUCAACGUCCCACUAGAAUUUAGGCACGUCAUGGAACCUUACUACAGUCAUACUACCAAAUGUGAGGCAGAUUCCAGUGUCCUGCUCUGCAACGAUGGAAGGUCCAGUGGCAACCAAGCCCCACCACUUUCCAUGACUGAAGAAACUCCACUAGGAUGUCGGGCAAUUCCAUGUUCUUUGUCCUGUAAUUUGACCAGUGAGACCGGUGAGGUGUAGAGUCCAAAACUUCACGCUUGCCCUUUGAGCCCAAAGAAACGAGACAGUUCAAAUCUGGAAAGCCUUCUGGUCUGUCACUAUCGUGUUUGGAACUUUGAGGACCCAGAUGGGUUUGUAAAGCAUUUCUCAUCCACCGUUUUAUGAAUGACGUGCAAUUCGGCAAUGUCUGUUUCUCCAUUAACAUUUCUGAUUGCCUCCCCAGACUGCAGACCAGGACAAGGUGAGCUGGGUGGGAAGAGAGAGUAAGGGAGAGGGGACAUUGUUUUUUUCAGAAGGACAGGUGCCUUUGCAUUUUAGAAGAUCAAAUCCAAUCUUCCCUGGCCAGUUGAUGCAUUCAUCAUCAUCUUUUAAUGACACCAUAAUCCCUGGCGGGGUGCAGUCUGGGCAACUGAAUAGAGCUAGCAGAGUGUUUGAAUGGCUGGAUGCUCUUCCUGUCACCAAUGCGGAGUUUUGUUCAGCAGAUAUAUUCUCAGUGUGCCCAGAGAGAAAAAUAUCUGCCUCCACCUAGGAUCGAACUCACAGCCUCCUGAUUGUGAGGCGAGAGCUCUACCUCUAGGCUACUGCACCACCCUUUGAGAAAGAUGCAUUGUCUGAUCUCUUUGGGAUCAAGCAGAGUUGUUUCUGGAUAGCCUUCCUUUUCCCAAGAAUCCAGUGUCGACGAUAGUCCCUCUGACCCAAAUAAAAACAGCUGCAGGAUAAUUCAGCAGAAAACAAAUGAAGAACAUGCAUGAGAAAUCACGUUUUUUUUCCAGAACCCACUACGUUCCUGAACAGUUGUCCAGAUUCUUCUAAAGGGAUCUCCUUCCUAGCUCCUGCUUGAGUUUAAAUUCUUCUUUUGAUUGAAAUCCUUCCUCCAGAAUUUUCACCGUAUAAAAUUGUCUCCGUAGCGAACAGUGAUGGGGAAACCAUUUUUAUUUUUUUGCCUGAAGCUUUGUUGAGGCUAGCGGAGCACACUUCUGAGCAAAUACGAAGACUUUUCUCCUUCCUGACAAGCUUUUUACGUGAGAGGUCAUCUUCUGGACGUUGCAGAUUGAUUUAAUCAUCCCUGCCUCCAGGCACAAUCGUGCUGGCCUUUUCACGGUGGAGUUAGACCUAUUCCAAGGAAAACCUCUGCCCUCAAAUUAGAGUAGACUUCUCAAAAGUUUGAGAGGACAAUUAAAUGGGACCUCGUCACACGUUUCAUCUUCUCUAAGAAAAGAUGAUUACAGAAAAGGAAGCAAAGGUUUCUCAGAGACUAUUGGGGAACUGGUUGACCUGCUAGCUUUCUAGCUAGGCACUGGUAAGACCGUUUCCUGAAAUCACGGGUUCCCUGUGCUCUUUGAUAUUGCAAAAUAGCAAACAUUGCAAAAUAUUUCCUUGCUAGAAGCUGUUCUGAUCUAGGCUUCCUUAGAAAGCAUGAAGCAAAGUCUUAGUCCCACAAAACCUCUUUUAUUUAUACCACUGUAAAUUACUUUCAUUUACAGUCCGGCAAGGCUUGAUAAACAGUCUUUCAGAGGAAGGUUAUCAAUACCCACCUAUCUCACGUGGAACGCUGCCAGAGAGCUUUUAUGUCUUAUGGGAGGGGCCAAUCAUCUCCAAGCCUUACUCCCAAGUUGACCCUGUUUUCUUAAUUGUUCUUGUCAUCUGGCAGCUCUGCGCAUGCGCACACUGGGAACAGGCUCCUGCUGUUCUUCUGCCUCACUGAGGUCAGACUCUAGAGGCUGCACAUGACUAUCAGAUCGCCUUGGCCCCUUCUCUGCCUCUGAUGCAGAGCCCUUGUUCAAGCUUACCUCAGUCCCCAGGACUGGUCCACGUUCCUCCCCAACCUCCUCACUGUCCGACUCUGCUGCCAGCUCUGGGGGCGGGGGCGGUGAUCAGGGUGAAUCACCAUGAAGCUGGAGCCUCUGGAGCAAGCAAUAUGCAGGAAGAAAGAUUUGGACAGAGUGUUGGUGCUGGGUGAGUGAUUGGCCACUCAUAGGCAAUAAAAAGAACUUCAAAUAUUUAAACUAUUAAAACUAUCCCGGCGUGGAAAUAGCGGCUAAAUAGCAACCGGGGGGGGGGGACCCAAAACUAACCUUCAUCAGCACAGAACACAAUGCCUUUGCUGAGGAUGCAGUAAUACGCUUCUGAAGUUGAGUACUAAUGCACACCAAAAUUAGGGACAAAAUAAAGCAUUUGCCACUGCAGUAUUCUUUUGCUUUCAUAAUGGUUCAGCGUCAUCAGACUGAAUUAUGUGAUGCCCCGAUGAUAUACCCAUCGCUCCUUGCUCUCUAACCAUCUCUGAAAUGUAACCCUUCAGUCAAUGCUGGGACAAAUUUCCACUGCACUUGUUGUGUGUCAACCACUGACAAUCACUGGGGGAAAACAUGUGUCCUAAAGUUAUUUAUUUAUAAUGUGGAAUGGUGUUCGGAGGAGAGAGGGAAAGGGUGGGAGCCAGCAUUCACGGGUUAUUUAUUGUCCACUGUUGGAAAUAUGUACAAAAAUAUAGACCAUUCAAUUAAAAACAAUUGGAACGUAAA